CCGGAGGGGAGCGCACAGCCGCGCUGCGUUGGAUGCCUCCCCAAGGACGCAGACGCACUCCCCCUUCUUUCACGCUGCUCAACUGGGAAGUGGAAUUAUAAAAAAGGGGGAUUUUUUUUGUGCUUAGGAGGCUGUUUAACCUGCCGAGGCUGUUACUUUUCUGCAUCACACUUAUUACUAUUAUUUAUUCGGAUUUUUGGCUCACGUUGGAAUAAUCGUUUGGAGCUGCUGCGCGCGUUCGUUACGCGGCGCCACAGCCUGCAUGGGAUGGGAGUCUCUGUUGGCUGAACCGUGUAAGAGCGACCCGUGUAAUAACCCAUUCAGCAGGCCUAUUUCACAAAACAUAUCUGUUACUCUGCAGGAUUAUUUAAUGGAUCAAGCUGAGCCGAAACUUUCAUAAAGCAGAGCUGCAUGUCGGGGAUGGAAAACAAAUAAAAAGGAAAUAGCUGCAGGAUGAAAACAUGGCCGCACCCCUUCUUGCACCCCCAGGACCUGACAGCUUCAAGUACUUCACCCGGGAGUCCCUCGCUAACAUUGAGAAGCGCAUCAACGAUGAGAAGAACAAGAAGCCGCCCAAGCCCAGGUCGGACAGCAGUCACCGCGACUCGUCCGACGACAACGAGCCGAAGCCCAACAGUGACCUGGAGGCCGGGAAGAGCCUGCCCUUCAUCUACGGCGACAUUCCUGAUGGAAUGGUGGCAACGCCGCUGGAGGAUUUGGAUCCAUACUAUGUGAACCAGAAAGUUUGCUGUUUGAUUCACUCUUAG